AUGAAAAGGGCUGUUUUAAAAAAUCCCCGAGCCAGACGAAUGUUGGAUUUGUUGAAUUAUUCUGACCCUAAUGAUACGAAUACAAAAAAUUACAAUGAGGGCACUGAAGAUUUUUCUCCUGAUACUUCUGAACACCAACUAAGUCCUACCCGCAGCGCUAAUUCUCUUUCAGUUGGCACCGUCUCAAGCUUAGGAGGCAAUUUAAAUCAUAUUGACCAGUUGAUUAAUUCAGAAAUCAAAUCCCCAGCUUCGAUAUCAAAUUUAUCUUUACUGUUAGGCAAUGCAGAUUUUGUAGCUUCUCCAACGGCUGUUUAUAAAAUUGAUCUUUCACCUUCUCAAAUUAAAGAUCGAUUUAUUCAAAAUCAAACGUCUCAUUCUAAACAUUCACCUAUAGCCUCUACUUCUAAUACAAAUCAAGAUAUGUCCAUUGUAAUUGAAAUAGAAGAAAUUGAAGAUUUAUACCAAAAAACAAUUAUACCUUAUGAAGAAGAAAAUAAAGAGAAUCGUGAUAAAAUAAAUAUAGCGGUGUUAAAAGCAGUAAGUCCAUUAAUAAUUGAAACCAGCUCUAAUGAUUUACAAACAGAAAAACAGCAUACAUUUAUAGAUACCGUACAAUUGCACGAAUAUCCUUUAACUACUAGUACACAAGACCCGGCAGUUGAUACAAACACUGAAGGAGUUUUGACAUAUAGUAAUAAACAAAAUACUAGAAAAAGAUGUUGUAAUGAGCAAGAAUGGUGUGACAACAAUAACAAGAGACUCAAAAAUAGCGGUAAAUCUUACAAAGGUGCGCGUUCAAAAAAGCAAUAUGCCGCUAAGACCAUUGGUCCUUCAUGCUCAUGCAAAAAACGCCGUGGCAUAAUAUUUUCUAUAGAACAACGUCAACAGAUAUUUGACACUUUUUAUAGACUCAAAGAUCAUAAACUCCAAUGGCAAUAUAUCGUGAGACACGUUCAAGCACAACCUGUAAAACGUAUGACUUAAGUAAGAAAA